GUUACAUAACAUAUGCUACAUUUCCUAAACAUAUCUGCAACCAUAGCCAUGGUACAUAACUCGAAAACAUUUCCUUGAUAUAUAUGUUAUAUAACAUUUAAGAUGCAGGUAAACAAAUUACGAAACGAAUGUAUCUCCGUCCUUAACCGAAAAUUGUAUAAUUGUAAUUUUCUGUUAAUUUCUCGUUAUUUAUGAUCAAUAUAAUGAUGGACGUGUUAAUUUCUCAUUUGUGUUGCAUGUAUGUAGAGCUGCGCCUACUCGACGCUAAUGCAAUGCAAGUUGCCGCAUUCCGCUGGCCGUUGCCCGCGUUUUCUGUAUUCUGUUUUGUUUAAUGUUUAUGGUGAUUUGUGAAUUAGCUGACGAGUGACACGUGAAAGCCCUAGGACCAAACCAACCGUAGUCAUGCCCAAAGACUUUCAUCUUAUGAGCAAAAGGCGUAAGAAUCAGUUGAUCCAAUUAGGAGUAGACCAGAUUCUAAAUACUGAUAAAGAUGAAGAUAUUGGACAAACAUCUCCUUCUGCAUCUACGACAUGUAGUUUAUUCUCUGAUACUUCACUUGAGGUAGAAAAAAAUAUUGCAUUUUAUAAAAAUAUACCUAUCGCAAUUACAACUGAAAAUGAAAAUAAAGCUUUUGUUAGCAAAAAUUCUGACACAAGUUUACCCACUGAUUCUACGGAUGGUGCUUCCUUUGUUUCUCUACCAGACUCAUUCAAUCACAGUUCUGUUUCAUACAAUGAUGUAUUUAAUAGUUGUUCAUCUUUGAGCUCAAGUUUCAAUGAAUCCGUAUCAGGGGAGGAAAAUCUUAAAAAAGAAUUACGUACAUUUAUCAUUGAAUGUAAUGUAGCACACACAACUGCGAAUAAAUUAUUGGAUAUCUUAAGACGCCACGGGCACGAUUUACCCUCAGAUGUGAGAACAUUAUUAAGCACCUCAACACACACAACAUCUAGAUAUGUGUCGACACUGUCAUGCGGAGGACAGUAUUGCCAUUUAGGAUUAUCAUAUGGGAUUGAGCUUUCGAUAAGGAAAUACUUUUUAGAAAUACCAAAAAUAAUUAAAUUCAAUAUCAAUAUUGAUGGAUUGCCAUUGUGUAAAAGCUCGACAAGUCAAUUUUGGCCACUGCUAGGAUCUAUAGUAACUGAUUUUCAUACUGAACCAUUUUUGAUUGGAGUGUAUUUUGGAAAAAAGAAACCUGGGAAUGCUAACGAGUACCUUAAACAAUUUGUUGAUGAAUAUUUACAAAUUACAGAAAACCAAUUAAUUAUCUGCGGUGUAGAAGUAAACGUGAAAUUAAAUGCAUUGAUUUGUGAUACCCCUGCCAAAUCUUUUGUAUGCGGUACUAAAGGUCAUACAGGGUACUUUGGUUGCGGGAAAUGCAUUCAAGAAGGUGACUUCAUUCAGAACAGGGUAGUAUUUCCGGAAAUAAAGAGUCAGUUAAGGACUGAUAGUUCAUUUAGAAAUAAAAACCAUCCUGAACAUCAUGUAAGAGAUUCUUACUUAGAAAAGUUGGGCGUUGGAAUGGUAUCUCGUGUGCCCUUAGAUUAUAUGCAUCUAGUAUGCCUGGGGGUGAUGAAACGUCUUCUUCAAUUCUGGAUAAAAGGUCGAAUAAAUCUUCGGUUAAAAGAAGUGGACUUGAUUUCUGCAACAUUUGUGAAUAUGAAAAGAUCUAUAACAAAAGAAUUUGUUAGAGUGCCCAGAAGUCUUUUAGAAAUUGACCACUGGAAAGCCACAGAGUUUAGGCAAUUUUUGUUAUAUUCGGGGCCUGUACUUCUAUUAAAAAGAUUACCCGCAAUUUAUUAUGAACAUUUUAUUUCACUAACUGUUGCGUUAAGAAUCCUAAUUGAUCCAGAAUUGUGUGUGACAUUAAAUAAAUAUGCAGAUUCGCUUUUAGUGUGGUUUGUUAAAUAUUAUGGAGAGUUAUACGGACAUGAAUUUUUAUCCUAUAAUGUUCAUAAUUUGGUACAUUUAGCUGGGGAUGUUAUAGAACUUGGACCUCUGGAUACAUUUAGUGCGUUUAAGUAUGAGAACUAUAUGCAAAAAAUCAAACAAAAACUUAAAAACUCUGGCAACUAUUUGCAACAGCUUGUAAACAGAGUGCAUGAAGAGAAUAAUCUGCCUGCAGAAUACAAGGUUCCCAAGAAAUACCCUAUUAUUGUAUAUUUUAAAAACGAUUUACAAGUUAUUAACUGCAUUAAGUUUAACAGGUUUUCAAUUUCUAAAUCUAAAUAUGAUAACUGUGUUCUGUUAGAGGAUGGCACGUAUGGUGUUAUACAGGAUUUUUCUAUGAAGGACAAUAAAUGUGUAGUGCAUAUACUCCGGUUUAGAAAUGCCGUGCCCUUUUUUAAUUUACCUUGCGACUCGCUUAAGAUUGGAGUUGGUGUGAUACAUAUCCAACAUGGUGACGUAGAAACCAUUUUUUUAGAGCAGAUUAAAAGAAAGUGUAUUAUCUUUGACUAUUCUGAUAAUUGCAAUAAUCAAGAGUAUGUUGUAGUGCCAUUAUUGCAUUCUGAAUAAUUUAAUCAUAUUUCUUUCAUUUUUCUUUUGUGUAUAUUUGACCACCUCCACUGUGCAAUACAAUAUAUGAUGGAAAUAUUUACGUAAUUAUUUAGGUACAUUGAAGCAUAUUUUGUUAUUAUGUUUAGUUUAUAUAGUUAUAGCUAUUAUAGAAAAAUUUGUACAUAUGUAUACCUAUUGCAUAUUUUAAAAGUUGAAAUUGUGUAUAAAUUGUCUCAAUAA